AUCACCAGGUGCCAUCGGUGCCCCAGCCUGGCAGUACCAUGGAGCUGUUCGAUAACCUGUCGUGCCACCACUCCAUCGACGACUUCCGGAACCGCGUCUACUCCUCGCUCUACUCCAUGAUCAGCAUCAUGGGCUUCGUGGGCAACGGCGUCGUGCUGUACGUGCUGAUCCGGACGUACCGGCAGAAAACGGCCUUCCAGGUGUACCUGCUGAACCUCGCCCUGUCCGACUUCCUGUGCAUGUCCACGCUGCCCCUGCGCGUCGUCUACUACGUGCACCGGGGGAACUGGUUCUUCGGGGACCUCCUGUGCAGGGUCGCGUCCUACGCGCUCUACGUCAACCUCUACUGCAGCAUCUUCUUCAUGACCGCCAUGAGCUUCUUCCGCUGCAUCGCCAUCGUCUUCCCCGUCCGGAACCUCAACCUGGUGACGGAGAGGAAGGCGAAGUUUGUCUGCGUCGGCAUCUGGAUCUUCGUCACGCUGACGAGCGCGCCCUUCCUGCGCAACGGGACGUACCAGCACGGCAACAAGACCAAGUGCUUCGAGCCCCCGGAGAACUCCCACAAGACGAACCUGGUGGUGAUCCUGGAUUUCAUCGCCCUGUUCGUGGGUUUCAUUUUGCCCUUCGUCGUCAUAACCAUCUGCUACGCCAUGAUCAUCAGGACCUUGCUGAGGAAUUCCAUGAGGAAGAACGAGGCGAACCGCCGGAGGGCGGUUUGGAUGAUCGUCAUCGUGACGGCCACGUUCCUGGUGAGCUUCACCCCGUACCACGUGCUGCGCACGGUGCACCUGCACGUGCUGCGCCUCAGGAGGGCCAGCUGCGAGGAUGCCGUUUACCUGCAGAAAGCCGUGGUGGUGACGCUCCCCUUGGCCGCUGCCAACUGCUGCUUCGACCCGCUGCUCUACUUCUUCUCGGGGGGCAACUUCAGGAAGAGACUGACCACGCUGAGGAAGGGCUCCUCCUCCAGCUUAUCGCAGGCCUUCAAGAAAAAGUUCUCUGUGAAAGAGAAGGACGAGGAACCCUUUGGAGAAAGCCAAAGGGAGAACGGAAGGGAAGCUGUGGCCUCUUCAUAAGGAGGUUAGACCUUCCCCUGAGAGAUCUCAGGGCAUUGGAGAUCUCAGAACAUUUCCAGGAGACCUGAUGGGGGCUUGCAAGGCUUUGGUGUAAUUAAAUGUCAUAAUGACCGUGGACAGUUCAUGGCUUGGUGGGUAGAGCCCCUUCCCCAGGAGCACUGCUGGGACAUCCACAGCCAUGUAGGACAGAGAAACCACCACCAGAACAGUGUUGAUCUGCUGACAGACUCUUCAAAGCCUGUAUUUGGGCACUUGCUCCAUUUCACAGCUCUCCCCAGAGCGUUAAUUCUCCGAGCCAGUGGGAAAUGUAAACACAGUUUGCUGUUCAUGGCACUCAGGGAGCUCCUGACAAACAACCAGGGCAGAGUUUUCACUGAAUCUUCAAACAGCUGCUAAAUUAUUUAUACAGCAGAGCCCGGGAUAAUUCCAGCCCUGCUCCAGCUGCCUCUGCCUGGGAUCUCAGUUCUCAUGAUCGUGAUGUGUGUGUGAGACUCACAGGGUUGGUGUCUGGGUCUGCAGAUCGGGAUGGGUCCCUCUCUCAUCCCCAGCAGCAGCUUUGGUGGGCAGCAGAUUUGCCAGGAUUUUCUGAAUUCCUAAAAAAAUCUUGUUUUCAAAUUGCAGUGUCUUACUGUGGGGGAUAAACUUGGAAUAAGGAUAACAAGGAAACUUAUUUCAGUGCACUGGUCCUGUUGGACUGCAGGGUUGGGGUUAUCACUCCAGUUCCUCAGGAGGUUUUAGGUAAAAGUGGAGCUCUGGCUGCUCAGAGUUCAGUGCAGGAUCAGGUUCACCUUUCUCAACAUUAACCAAGAUUUAAAAAAAAUAACAUUUUUUUUAAAAAGCUCUCUAUAAUAUUUGAUCCUGUUCCAGAGUGUUCACCUUGUAGAAAAGGCAACCCAAGGGUCUUGGGAAGAGCUCUAGGAAAAGCUGGAAAUCCAGAAUCUGAGUCUGGAUGAGACUUGAUGCUGAAAAAACACUGGGCUGUGUUCCUUCUGUAAAGGAAAACUUCAAACCCUUGGCCAGAAGGAAACAUUCCUGUACUUUUCCAGUGGAUCCCACAGGAAGGUAACACUCCAGAGCCUGG